AUGCGACCUCGCAGCAAAGAGCUGCAAGGGAUCCUGCGUUCACUGCACAACGGCCAGCUGCAGACCUUGGUCUUCACUGAUGCCUCUCCUCAAUGGGUCGAGGAGGAGCUUGAUGCUUACCUGCGGGAGCCCAUCCUGGUCAACUCGCUAGGCAACCGCCCAGCUCUGCCACUCUCAACGAGGCACAUGUUCUGUGAGGUGCCCGGCAGUGCCACGCGCAGGGCAAGGCUGCUGGCGCACAUGCUGGACCAAGACCUGACGGGGGAGACGGAGGAGAAGGACUCCAAAGAAGAGACCAAGCCUGCCGAGAAGGCCUUGAUCUUCGUCCCCUCGAAGGCCGAGGCCACGCUACUCUCUGGCCACGCCAUGCUGCGCCAGCGCCUUUUGUGCCUCCACGAAGGCCUGGCACCUGCGGAGCAGCAGGAGAUCCUUGCGCUCUUCCGGACUUUGCCCAGCCAGAUCCUCAUCACUACGGACGCUGCCGUAAAGGAUCUGGAGCUGCCGGGCGUGCCUUUGGUGGUGCAUGUGUCUGCCCCGGCAAACUUGGAGAUCUACUUGAACCGCAUCGGCCGCCUCCAAACAGCGGCCCCGGGAAAGCGCCGCACGCGCCGCGCGGCGGGACCGGCCACGUCUUUGGUGCUCUUGCCCGGGCACCAGAGCGCUCGGCUCCGAGAGCUCGAGCAGCUUGUUGGGAAAACUUGA